AGCACCCGGUUCUUCACGUCGGCAAGGAGGAGCACAGUCGGAAAAAAUGCGUGAGUGUAUUUCUAUGCAUGUCGGCCAGGCCGGAGCCCAGAUGGGCAAUGCAUGCUGGGAGCUCUACUGUCUGGAGCACGGCAUCCAGCCGGACGGUCAGAUGCCCAGUGACAAGACCAUCGGAGGAGGAGACGACUCCUUCAACACCUUCUUCAGUGAGACAGGAGCUGGCAAACAUGUUCCCAGAGCAGUCUUUGUGGACUUGGAGCCAACUGUCAUCGAUGAAGUGCGGACUGGUACCUACCGCCAGCUCUUCCAUCCUGAGCAGCUGAUCACAGGCAAAGAGGACGCAGCCAACAACUACGCCCGCGGUCACUACACCGUCGGCAAGGAGAUCAUUGACCUUGUUCUUGACAGGACUCGCAAGCUGGCUGACCAGUGCACAGGGCUCCAAGGUUUCCUCAUCUUUCAUUCCUUUGGAGGAGGAACCGGCUCUGGCUUCACCUCUCUGCUGAUGGAGCGUCUUUCCGUCGACUACGGCAAAAAGUCCAAGCUGGAGUUUGCAGUAUACCCAGCCCCCCAGGUGUCCACAGCUGUGGUGGAGCCCUACAACUCCAUCCUCACCACCCACACCACCCUGGAGCACUCUGACUGCGCCUUCAUGGUGGACAACGAGGCCAUCUACGACAUCUGCCGCAGGAACCUGGACAUCGAGCGUCCCACCUACACCAACCUCAACAGGCUGAUCGGGCAGAUCGUCUCCUCCAUCACCGCCUCUCUGCGCUUUGACGGAGCCUUGAACGUGGAUCUGACAGAGUUCCAGACCAACCUGGUGCCCUACCCUCGAAUCCACUUCCCUCUGGCGACCUACGCCCCCGUCAUCUCAGCAGAGAAGGCCUAUCACGAGCAGCUGUCAGUGGCUGACAUCACCAACGCCUGUUUCGAGCCGGCCAAUCAGAUGGUGAAGUGUGACCCUCGCCAUGGCAAGUACAUGGCCUGCUGCCUCCUGUACCGUGGUGAUGUGGUGCCCAAAGAUGUCAACUCCGCCAUCGCCACCAUCAAGACCAAACGCACCAUCCAGUUUGUGGACUGGUGUCCCACAGGCUUCAAGGUGGGCAUCAACUACCAGCCUCCCACUGUGGUUCCCGGAGGAGACCUGGCCAAGGUGCAGAGGGCCGUGUGCAUGCUGAGCAACACCACCGCCAUCGCCGAGGCCUGGGCUCGCCUGGACCACAAGUUUGACCUGAUGUACGCCAAGAGGGCCUUCGUCCACUGGUACGUCGGAGAGGGGAUGGAGGAGGGAGAGUUCUCAGAGGCCAGAGAGGACAUGGCUGCCCUGGAGAAGGAUUAUGAAGAGGUGGGAACCGACAGCAUCGGGGAGGAGGAUGAAGGUGAGGAAUACUAAGUUGCCGAAACAUCUGUAGCUUGCUGCCUCCACCACAGUCCACCUGUCCCAGAAUGAAAAUGCAAACACAAAUGUGUUUUGCUGCUCAGCGAUGUUUGACUCAUUCCUUAAUUCUGCACAUUCCAGUGGGCUACAUGUUUCCUGCUAUCUUUUUUUUAUUCAUGCAAACUAAUAAACAAGUGUGAAGUCA